GAGUGUGUUAAAGGAAGCACCUUUUGUCUUCUUCGUAAUUCGCAGAGAAGACACUACACUGAGAGAGAGGAACACAAACAAAAAGCGAUGUCGCAGCUCUUAUCUUCUCCUCCAACGGCGGCCAGCUCCAAUCUUCGCUUUCUCUCUUCGUCUUCAGUACUCGUUGCCGGCGGUGUUGGAGUGAAACGGCAUGGGGUCGCCUUGAAACCGACGUCGAAGACGGUGGAGCUCUCGGUUAAGUCCCGUCAGACGGAUUACUUCGAGAAGCAGAGGUUCGGUGACUCUUCUUCUUCUUCUUCUUCUUCGCUUUCAUACUCCUCACAAAACGCUGAAGGAUCGCCAGCUAGAUUUUAUGUUGGUCAUUCGAUAUACAAAGGGAAAGCUGCGUUAACAGUAGAUCCAAGAGCACCAGAGUUUGUGGCUUUAGACUCUGGAGCUUUCAAGUUGUCAAAAGAUGGUUUUCUACUGCUCCAGUUUGCUCCUUCAGCUGGUGUUCGACAAUACGAUUGGAGCAAGAAACAGGUGUUCUCAUUGUCUGUUACAGAAAUCGGAACUCUGGUUAGCUUAGGCCCGACAGAAUCAUGUGAAUUCUUCCAUGAUCCAUUCAAGGGAAAAAGUGAUGAAGGAAAAGUGAGGAAAGUGUUGAAAGUUGAGCCUCUCCCAGAUGGUUCUGGUCACUUCUUCAACCUAAGUGUACAAAACAAGCUUUUGAAUGUUGAUGAUAACAUUUACAUACCAAUCACUAGAGCAGAGUUUGCUGUUCUCAUCUCUGCUUUCAAUUUUGUCUUGCCUUACCUUAUAGGCUGGCAUGCAUUUGCAAACCCCAUCAAACCAGAAGACGCAAACAAGAUGAACAACGCUUCGCCCAACUAUGGAGGAGACUAUGAAUGGAAUAGAUAAGGAAUCUUAGGGAUAUCAGAGAUCAUACUACUUUUUUUUGGUUCGCUGAUAGCGUUGAUCUCUGUUCGUAGAAUCGUAGGUAGCAGAAGAGACUAAACUAGUAUUUUUUUGGUUUUUCCAGUCUUUUUUGACCAAACGUGGAAGUGCAUUUGUGUUGUCUCUCUCGGUUGUACCUCAAAACAAUAGUCAAUUGAUAUCUUUAUUUUAGCUGUUA